UUACUGGACGUGCGUGUUACUGAGCCUGUUUUUUGUUUUGUUUAAAAAACAGAUUCAGAUCGGAGCCAAGCCUCCCUACCCCCCUGGGAAUAAGGGAGGUGGCAGCAAGGGCCCGGCAUGGAGAGCAAGAAUAAAAGGACGGCCGAGUUCAACCUGUCGUGCAAGCUAGCAGUAGAGGAAAGGAAAGGGCCGCGGACUAGCCGCCGCUGUCGCGGUUGGCCAGGCAGUCCAGAGGGAGCCGGGGCCUCCCCCGCAACCCAAGCCGCUCCACAGGGAGAGGAGGAGACAAAACAGAGGCGCGCCGCCCCGCGCAGCGCCCCCAGCCCGCGCCGCCCCACCGACCCCCAACCGCCGAGGCGACGGCGGCGACACCGAGCUCGGCGCGGGGAGCAAUGGUGGCCCCCGCCCCGCUCCUGGCCUCCUCCCUCCACCCCUCGCCUCGGCUCCUCCCCCUCGGCCUCCUGCCGCCGCCACCAGGACACUCGAGUCCGCCUCCCCCUCCCCGCCCGCUCGGAGCGCUCCUCCCCUCCCCACGCGGCGGGGGGGGGAGGCACCGCCAGUCACCGCAGAGCCUGUCAAACUGGGGCCGGCUAUUUAUGCGCCGCGGGGCCCCGCCGCCCUCGGCCCCCAUCAGCCGGCGGAACCUGCCUCUGUUGCUCUCUCGAAUCCCGCCCUCCCCUUAUCGCCCAACUUCUCCCAGACCCGCCUGCUCAGGUAAAAGCGCUCGCCACUUGUCCGGCUUCUUGCUCCGGGUUACCCCAUCCCGCUCUCCAGUCUAGGACUGGUGCGGGGAGCUCCGCCGCCCGGGGCGGGCGUGUGGGGACUGCGGGGCCGCGCCUGCACCUGCAGCGCCCGCCCGCUUCUCCCAGCCGACCGGGACCGCACGCACACCCUCGCCACUCUGAAGCACCCCCCACAAACCCUGACUGCCACCCCAUCCCUAACUCAGGCCUCUCGCCCUUGUGCUCAGGGGACCGCCCCCCUCUGGGGCACUCAGACAGUUACUGGGGAGCGAAAGGUUGCAAAACUCCUAGCCUAGCUCAGUCUUGUCCCCACUCCUCCGCCUCGGCUAAGUAA